AUGGUGUUCGCGGAGCAUACCUUCGAUGCCAAAUGUCGACAGACCCCCGUCAUCCUCCCCGAGAGGGACGGAGGGAUGCCGCCAGUCAAGGCACAGUUCUUCUACUCCUCAUCGAUACCCAUAGACGACCCGCUCUCCGCAAGCUCGCACACAGCAACCACGGAUACUAGAAAAAAUAAAGAGCUACUGCGACCUUUCGGCCGAGGUGACAAUAACGCUCUCGAAACAGCAUGGCUGUCUCUAUCUACCGCCGAAGACCGGAGCCGCCACACGGCGCUGCGUUCUGGCAAGCCGAAGAAUGGGUCAAUCGUUGAACAGGGCGCAGACUGGCGCGAGAAACUCGUAACGAGGGCAGCUCAAAACCACGGAAAUACUCACGCGGGUUCCCCUGUCGACCAAGAUAUUUUAGCUCGCAAGGGGCUGCAAGACGAAGUCUGCUGCUCUGAAUUGCUGCAACAAAUAAAGAGACAGCUCCAGAAUACAACAUGCUCACUAGCUAGAGCGAUUGACCCGACACUCAGUCCAGAGGCCAUUGCCAAAGACGUAGCAGCAUUGGUACUUCGUCGCCAACUAGGCCAAGAGGGCGAAGGGGGUUCCCAGGCAAGCCCCGUGUGGGAAGAGUCCCAUAAGAAGUACCCCGGAGUUGUCAGCACAGGCUCACAUUCACAACCCUCAACUCCAAAGCAGAUUCGUGCCGGUGGCCUCAAUAGUGCCGGUCACAACCAGAACACCCCCUUGUCCUGGGUGGGAGUAGAAACCAAUGUUCGCCUUCGGUCGGAUUCUCAACUGUCAGAUCGUUCAAUUAGAACGAAUGAGAUGCUGAAGAACUCAGCACCGCGCGACGGAAUUACGGGGAAACCAUUUGCAAGAGUUGAUGACCUACGGCCUGGACCUGAUCAUGUGGAUAUUCCAAAUGCGCACAGCGCUCCUCCGCCCAGCGAUGCACAAAGUUGGAAGAUGCAACCUCAAACUCCCCGUGACAAGCAAACUGAAAUUAGGGAAUCACUGCGUGACCCGGGCCACCAGCCCACAGACCAACUCGAUACGGAGCCUAAGAUAGCGCAAGUCACUGUUGGAAUAUCCAGAUUGCAUUCGGUGGAUCUACCUGCUCUUCAGAUGAAGCCAAUCUACUGGUCACCAGUGAAUGACAUUGCAGUUUCAAGAAGGGACACAAUGUUGCCCGUGUCGACGGCAGUGGCGAACCAGCUAGAAGCCGGCUACCAGGAACUGAAACCUUGGACAGGGACCUGGAUAGAGGAACUGGAAUGCGCUCUGGAAGUUGGUGCCGCAGGUGAGGAAAAGGUUUCGCACCCGCUGUGGCCCAAGCACCAUCAAUCACUCAACGGUGCCAUGCCAAAUGACUCCAGGCCGACGAUCUCAUCGGAUCUGUUUUGCGCGGCGCGGUGCUUUCGAGGUGAUGCUGCCGCCAACGGCUCCAUUCAAUCGGCCCAUACGGAGAAACAGCCCCCGAACCGUCCGUUUGCAAGCUAUCAAGUCAUUUACAAGGACCGAAAAUCAGCAUUCCUAUUAAAGCCUAGCCUGGCACCGUCCUCAUACCAUGGUAGACGCCCACUUGCGAAGAUACUGCGGGGGCUCACUGUAGGGUUACCUGUCGUUCGUGGCUUCGAUAGACGUUCCUGGAACAAACAAAACAGCCCUAAAAAGGCCGCCACGGCAGCAGAAGAGGCACCUUCCGCCGAUACCCAGGAGGAAAGAAUACCAAACGAAUGCCCUGCCUGCACAGCAGAAAAGGAUCGCGGGCAGAUCACAGACCUUGUACUGGUUGCCCAUGGUAUUGGCCAAAAAAUCGCGGAGAGGGUAGAGAGUUAUCAUUUCACACACGCUAUCAACACUUUUCGACGAGCUGUUAACAUUGAGCUUCGAAAUCCUGCAAUCAAAAACGUCCUUCGAGCAGAUCAGAACGGCUUUAUGAUUUUGCCACUGAACUGGAGAGUCGGUCUGUCAUUUGGUAGUGAUAGUGAGGUACAAAAAGGGGCCAAGGACCUGGCGGGAGCAUUCGAUUUAAAAGAUAUUGAGCCCAGCACUAUACCUGCUGUUCGAAGCAUGAUUUCAGAUGUCAUGUUUGAUAUUCCGUUUUACAUGUCUCACCACAAGAGCAAAAUGAUCAUGGCUUUAGUUCGUGAAGCCAAUCGCGUUUAUCGACUGUGGUGCCGAAACAAUCCUGGAUUCUCUGAUAAAGGCAGGGUUCACUUGAUUGCACACUCCCUGGGUAGUGUUAUGGCGGUCGAUAUUCUAUCUCGGCAGCCCACAUGCGUCUCGAGAGUGAACCUCGUCAAGCCAAUGAUACCAGACGACCAGCAUUUCGAAUUCAACACCACCAAUCUUUUUUUGGCUGGCAGCCCGGCUGGCUUCUUUUUAUUGCUAGAGAAAGGCGCACUGACUCCUCGACGUAGUCGGCGAAAACCAGGCGUGAAUGAUGGCGAUGUAGUCGCAAAAAACGUGGCCGGGGAGGCUGGCACUUUCGGGUGUCUGGCCGUCGACAACGUAUACAAUAUCCUCGCCAAAGAGGACCCCAUCGCAUACUUGUUGACAGGCGCAGUUGAUCCCUCAUAUGCCUCGAGCCUCAAGGUUGCCUAUGUGCCAAGCGUCGCACCAUCUCUGAUGAGCACUGUCAGGGAUGCCAUCAGGCAGGUGAUACCUGGCUUGACACCGGAGCCAGAUCCGCUUGCUGUCGAGCCGGAACGACCGACAACGGCUCGUAUGCCCUCACAACUGGAGCUGGAAAUCCACAAUUUUACAAGAGAAGAAAUCGCUGAGAAGAAGGCGUAUCUACUCAAUGAUAACGGCCAGAUCGAUUGGUUCCUGCGCUCGUCUGGGGGCCCCCUUGAGAUACAGUACCUAAAUAUGCUCAGCGCACACACGAGUUACUGGACGAACCAAGAUUUUAUUCGCAUGGUGUGUUUGGAAAUUGGUCGCAAACCGGGACGCAGCCACACGUUCCCGGCCAUGAGAGCCGUCAAAAACGUGAAGCGGGAUGUCAAAACCUGA